AUGACUCUAGAAGAUGAUUAUGUUGUGAAAGCUGAUAUUGACACUUCUGAAUCAAUCAAUGUUGCAAAAUUAAACGAAGCUCUAAAAGCUGUAUUCAUUAUGCAACAAUUGAUGUUUGGUGGACAUCUCCAUGAAAGUCGUAAAAUCCACAUUAAUGUUUUGAAUAGACCUGAAGAUUUCAUAAACACACCCAAUGAGGAAUUCCCACCUAACUCCUCAUUAUUUUAA